GAGUCAAUACAUAAUGAGUUGCCCACAUUCCCAUUUUCUACGUCAGCCACCAUGGGACAUACCUCUAGUUUAGUCAGAGCUUGUAAGAACUGUUCUGAUGCAGGGAAGAAAAAGGUGACUUGUGUGUUGGUCAUGACGUCAUUCAUUCGCUAACCCAAUAAGAGUAAUCUUCUAACCGUAUGCAAGGCUUCCUCUACCAAUUUGCUGCUUGUCCUGUCUUCCUACGAUCCAGGACUGCCAGUCAUCAAACCUCAAUACCACCGUGUAGCUUUUCUGGCUUCCUUAUACCUGGAGCCGCCUUUUGCCCGCAACUCUCUGCGUCGCCGCUAGCUUGGCUCGACUGCGGCCGAUUCAGCAACACGUGCUGGUUAUGUCUGCUGCCUUGGGAAGAACACCAUCUGUGCGCAUCAGUAUCGUCCUACAUAGUCGAAUGUAUAGCCCUACCUGAACCUCGUCUUUUGUUAAACUGCUCGGCUUUCGUAUCUUUGAGUCCCAAAUUACCUUUCAAAUACCCCGCACAUUUCUCCCGUUUGUAUCCGAACUCGAUCUUCGGUGCCUCACUCCGCUUACCCUCCGCUCGGUGGAAGCCUGCGUCUCCACGCCCUCGCUUAUUGAGCUCGUAGUCGAGCUGACGCUCGCUGUGGAACUUGUCCGCCGGUGUUUGGCGGCCAAUUCUUGUGGAGAUAUAUCUCCACUCAUCCAGUGGAACAGUGAAUACGCGAUCUCAAACGUGAGGGCAGACGACAUUCUGAAGUCGCGAAUUUAUCAAGACCUUAAAUUUAAGUACGGCAGUAUCGCCCAGGUGUUGCUGUGAAACGCGAUGGAAGUUUUAGGAUCGGAUGUUGGAUGUCAGAUAAAGGAUUUCCUUGAUAUAU